AUGGCUGCUGCGGGGAAGCUAAACCCCCUGCGCCUCCCGCCCUUGCCCACGAUUCGGGAAAUCAUUAAGUUGUACAAGCUGCACGCGCUGAAGCAGUUGUCCCAGAACUUCCUCCUGGACUUGAGGCUGACAGAUAAAAUUGUACGGAAGGCUGGUGACCUGACAAACGCUUAUGUUUAUGAGGUGGGCCCUGGGCCGGGAGGAAUCACGAGAUCUAUUCUCAACGCCGAUGUCGCCGAACUCCUGGUGGUCGAAAAGGACACUCGAUUCCUCCCUGGGUUACAGAUGCUUUCUGAAGCUGCGCCUGGGAAACUGCGGAUUGUCCAUGGAGAUGUGCUGACAUUUAGGACAGAAAACGCUUUUCCAGAAACUCUUAAAAGACAGUGGGAGGACGACCCACCAAAUAUCCACAUUAUCGGGAACCUGCCUUUUAGUGUAUCAACUCCAUUGAUUAUCAAGUGGCUGGAGAAUGUUUCCUCUCGAAAUGGGCCCUUUGCUUACGGGAGAACCCAAAUGACCUUAACCUUUCAAAAGGAAGUGGCAGAGCGACUGACGGCCAACACAGGAGGCCAGCAGCGGAGUCGGCUGUCCAUCAUGGCCCAGUACCUCUGCAGUGUGCAGCACCUCUUUACAAUCCCAGGCCAAGCUUUUGUCCCCAAACCAGAGGUGGAUGUGGGAGUGGUGCACUUCACUCCCUUGAUCCGACCCCAGAUCGAGCAGCCGUUCAAGCUGGUGGAGAAGGUCGUGCUGAACGCGUUUCAGUUCAGGAGGAAAUACUGCUACCGAGGGCUCAGAAUGUUAUUCCCUGAAGCUCAGCGUGUGGAGAGCACUGAAAGACUGCUCCACCUGGCCGACGUGGACCCCACACUCCGGCCCUGCCACCUCUCCAUGGCUCACUUUCAGAGACUCUGUGAUGUAUACCGGGAAAUGUGUGAGGAAGACCCUCAACUCUUUGACUACAACUUCCGAGAAGAACUCAAGGGCUGUAGAAGCAAGAUGGAGCAGGAGAAAAAGGGGGGUGAGGAGAGUUAG